AUGGCCAAGCGAGAGCUGCAAAUGCUUGAAAUGAUGCGGAAUAUUCUUGGAGUGGAUAGCUCGGAUCUGGGAGGACGUAGUCAACGUUCAAGUCCCAUGUUGUAUGCCGCCUCGGUGCCCUGUGAGGACAGUCUGCCCGAAGACUCAAGCGACAGUCUCAAUUUUUUCGAUGAGGAUCUGGAUGAUAGCGAAGAAUGCGGAGAUUUUGGAAGACCCUGUGAAUCGGCCAAAGAAGUGCCAACUGAACUGGAACCUUGUCCCCGUCCCAUGGUGCCAAUGGAUCAUCCGUGCUUUGUCCGUGUAAUUGUGUUACGUACGCCUCUUUUACGUCACGAUCCCUGCACAAAUUUUACCUUGGCCGUUCAGUCAACAUCAACAACGACUACGACAACGAGUCCGAAACCGAAGCCGAAGAGUAGAAAAUGUAAGCCAAAGAAGGCUAAACCCAAACCGGAGUCUCGAAUGGCCAACAGCGAUAACACGACAAGUCCGGCAACAACCACCAUAAUCACCACCACAGCACAGACAGAAGCGGAAACCAGCGUAGAAUCCACAACAACAGUGCAAACUACAACAAGUCAAGAGUCAGAAAACAACACAACAAUGAUGAGCACAACAACUGAAGAAGAUUCAACCACAAUGGAGAUAACAACUUCCCUCAGGAGCAGACGUCGCAAGACUGGAAAAAGACGUCCAAGUGUUCCGGAUACGCCAAAAAUUAAAUUGGAUGGCGCAAUGCAGUCCAGUGAUGCACUUCCGGUAUUUCGAAGCACUGAAGUGGGUGAGUUAAGAUCACGGAAGGAAACAACAACAAAAGCAAAUGAAGUGGAGACAACAACACCCGACUGCGUGGAAGAUACAAGUGAAAUGGAAAUCAAUAUGGAUAGAAAAGCCAAUGACGGUAAUGAAACUGAAGAAUUAUCAUCAAGUAGCGAUGACUGUGAGGAUGCCGAGGAUCAGGAUACGAAUCUGUGUCCACAGUUCUCAGCGCCCGAGGAGCCAGCAAACAUGAGACUUCUGCCGGCAUCGCGUUAUCGGAAACCCGUCAAGAACUAUGUGGAACCCAUUCUAUACGAAGGACAGUUCGCCAAGCCACGACAACGCAUUGGCAUGUUGCCUCCUCAGAGACGAGAUUAUUAUGUGAGCAACAAACAGAUAAUGCCCCGACCUAGACCCAAAUACAGAGAACCAUUGCCCCACUCGAUCUAUAUGAACAACAUCGUGAGGGGAGUGAAAUGCAGCGAUGAAGUGGGGGGACAUCCACAUCCACAUCCAUUGCAGGGAAGACGCUAUCGAAAUGGAAAACCAACACCGCCACAACGCAUCUGGAUGGGCAGACGGCAUGUGCCUGGAUAUGCUCCAGCUCAAGGAUCACAGCCCCCAAGUCAUGGUCAUGUUCGUGAGCGAUCUAAUCCACUUUAUGGGCUCAGCUCCGCAGAGGAUCUGGACUCUUUUGGUCAUGACAGUGAUCAGUAUUAUGAUGAUGGUUCCGCUGAACUUCACGCCUGGUCACAUGAGCAACAUUCACAAACAUCGUCUCCUACUGUGGAUCCUUGUCAGGCUGAGCAUAACCAAGAGAGAGAAAGGGAGAGA